AUGCCUCGGGUGUCGUUCGCCCCUCCCUCUCUGUGCCUCGCCCUGCCCCCCCUGCUGGACCGCCUCCUCCCCUCCCUCCCCCCCACCGUGCGAGACGUGGACGUCCCUCCUCUGUUUCGGGAGCGGUUCAUCCGGGCCGGGUACCGCCCGGUGGGCCUGUCGUGGCGUUGUUACGUCCUCAGCCUCUUCCAGAUCCACAACGAGACUCUGAACGUGUGGAGCCACCUGCUGGCCGCCGUCGGCGUGGUGAUGAGGUUCCUGGUGUUCGCCGUCCUGCAGGGAGGGGGGAUCCUGGGGUUCCGGCUGCAGGGUCCUGAAGGUCAGGGGUUUUCUGUGGACGUGUCCUCGCUGCCUCUGGUCCUCUACGUCCUCUCUGCCAUCACAUACCUGAGCUGCAGUGCCGCGGCUCACCUGUUGCAGUCGCACUCGGAGCAGGCGCAUUACUCGCUCUUCUUCCUGGACUACGUGGGCGUGGCCGUCUAUCAGUACGGCAGCGCUCUGGCUCUGUGCCUGUACAGCUCCGACACCGCCUGGACACAAAGCAUGCUGGGACAUGUGUUCCUCCCGGCCGCCGCCCUCCUCGCCUGGCUCUCCUGCACCGCCUGCUGCUGUGCCAAGCUUCGUUUCCAGCGGCCAUACCCGCUGCACAGGAAGCUCUGCCAGGUGGUGCCGAUGGGCGUGGCCUACCUGCUGGACAUCAGCCCCGUGGCCCACCGCCUCCUCACCUGCAGCUGGACCAGCAGCUCUGCACUGCCGCUGCACUUCCUGCAGGUGCUGCUGUUCCUGCUGUCAGCCUUCUUCUUCUCUUGUCCGAUACCGGAGCGCUUCUCCCCCGGCAGCUUUGACAUCGUCGGUCACGGCCACCAGCUCUUUCACAUCCUCCUGUCCCUCUGCACUCUGGCCCAGCAGGAGGCGCUGUUUCACGACUUUCUGUGGCGGCGGCCGGCGCUGGUCAGAGAGUUCGGAGAGCAGCACCUCCUGCUGGCCUGCGCCUCCUUCCCCUGCCUGACGCUCUGCUGCACCAUGACGGCCCUCAUCAUGAGGAGACGAGCUCAGGCUCAGCUGAUGAAAGUGCAAAGAUAG